AUGCACCAUGAACCUAAACUCGACACACACUCCUCCUACCCAGAAGGAGGCCGUGCAGCCAAUCUAGUGGUCCUGGGCAGUUUCAGCGCCAUCAUGGGAGGACUAGGACUGAUGAACAGCAUUGGCGUCUACCAAGCAUGGAUCGCAACUCACCAACUGUCGACCAUCAGCGAAGGCCAAAUCGGGUGGAUCUUCGGCCUAUACAACUUCCUGGUCUUCUUCUGCGGCAUCCAGAUCGGACCGAUCUUCGACGUGCGCGGGCCGCGCCUGCUCAUGUGGUUGGGGUCCAGUUUGCUCGUCCUCACCUUCGUGUUAAUGGGGUUCUGUCGCGCAUACUGGCAUUUCCUCGUGGUGAUUGGGAUCCUGGGCGGGAUGGGCACGUCGUUUAUUUUCAUUGUCCCCGUCGCAACUAUCGGCCACUACUUCUGUCGGCGGCGCGGCGCGGCUACGGGCCUUGCCAUGUCUGGUGGUAGUCUCGGCGGCGUGGUCUUCCCGCUGGUUCUGGAGACUCUGGCGCCGCGGCUGGGGUUUGCCUGGGCAACUCGCAUUGUAGGGCUAGUCACGCUGGUACUGCUGGUUCUUGGUUGCUUGCUCGUCCGGCUCGAUAUCCCCUCCAAACCGCCUGUUUCGCCGCCGUCGGCUAAGGUCUUCCUGCCCGAUCUCACGAUCCUCGCUGAACCCGUUCUGGCACUCACCACACUGGGUGUGUUCUUCAUCGAAUGGGGGUUCUUCAUCCCGCUCGAGUAUAUUGCCUCGUACGCUCUUGCAAGUGGGAUCUCGCACCGGCUCGCGUUCCAGAUGGUGGUGUUUCUCAAUGCGGGCUCCUUUCCUGGCCGCUGGCUGCCGGGCAUUCUGGCGGACCGCAUCGGGCGGUUCAACACGCUGAUCUUGACGAAUGUUCUCUGUCUGAUUUCCGUCUUGGGGAUCUGGAUGCCUGCCAACGGAAACAUCGUAGCGACGGUGAUUUUCUCGGUGGUGUUUGGGUUCGGCAGCGGUAGCAAUAUUAGUCUGGUUCCUGUUUGCGUGGGCGAGCUGUGUCCUGUCGAGAAUUAUGGGCGGUAUUAUACAACUGUGUAUACCAUUGUCAGCUUCGGGGCUCUGACGGGUGUCCCGAUUGCCGGCGAGAUCAUCCAUCGGUGUCGUGGCAAGUACUGGGGGUUAAUUGCAUUUGCAGGGUGUGCUUAUGCGGCGGGACUGAGCUGUUUUAUUACGGUCAAAUGGCUUCAGAAUGCUAGGAGCAAAAAGAGUAGUGUCUGA